CCUCCAAAACUUCCCCAGAGACAGUCUGGGUCGGAGAAUCCUGAAACAAGCCAAACUGAGGAAGAAAGCUGUAUUGUACUCUUUCUAGGAUUUAAUUUCACUUGCCGUUUCUACUUUAAGGGAGUUCUAGACCUAAAAUUACUUUGAGGACAAAUUCCAGGCGCGCUGGGAAGGUGAGUUUUCUGGAAUAGAUGUAAGGUUAGGAAGAGGAGCUCAAAGGAGAAAAAAUGGAGGCCUGGAAAACAGUAAACCGGAGUGCGCCGAGAAGCGGGGGAAAACGGAGGUGGAGGGCGGGACCAGGUUUAAAAAAAAACCCGGGUUUGACCAACCUACUCCUGCCGCCGCCUCACCCGUUGUGGCGCCCAUCCCCUUCCUGUCCCCUACUCCCCCACACGCCUAACCCCUGAGUGAGAAUCCAAGAGCAUUUCCGAGCUUCCUUCCUAUCUGCCCCUCCUCUCUCGGGCUAAAAGACUUCAUGGCGAUCUCCACUUGGGCCCUGACACACUGCACCCACUGCUUUCGCAUCUUCCACUUCCCGUCCCUUGGAGCCCGAGAAUCCGGGGAUUCCCGGGGAUAUUCCCACGAAAAUGAAGCGGCCCAUGAACGCAUUCAUGGUGUGGAGCUCGGGCCAGCGUCGCCAGAUGGCGCAGCUUCACCCCAAGAUGCACAACUCGGAAAUCUCGAAGAGCUUGGGCGUAUAGUCGAAAUUGCUGGGGGAAGCGGAGAAGCGGCCCUUCGUGGAAGAGGCGAAGCGGCUCCGGGCGCCGCACCUGCGCGACUAUCCCGACUAUAAGUACCAGCCGCGCCAAAAUACCAAGAACAUCAACCCGGGCCCUGAAACUAGCCAGGGCAAACGGGCAGCGGCAACCAGGGCGCCGAGCCAGGGUGAAGACUUAUGGACUUCGGCUUAGUCCCAUUACUCCCUUUCUUAUCUGAUCGAAGGCUGCGGGGCGAGAGACUGCCAGGGAUGGAGGUGGAGGAAGAAGGACAAGGGAUUUCACACUCGGAGACAUUCACCUUCUAUACUUUCCUAGAGGACCACUGCGCCUUGGGAGAGGGGACAUCCAGGCUACCGACUGAGCCAGAAACAACCUGCUGCUGCUCCUCUUGCUUGUCCCAAACAGGUCUAACUAGAAAGCUGAGGAAUGUGAUUCAGGAAAUCUACCCUCACACACUCUCUCCAUAGUUCUCUCUCCAAGAGAACUCUGGGUUUGAGAGAAGAGUCAGGCAUCAGGUAUCAAGGGACCUCAGGAGAUUAUGGAUACCAAAUUAGAAAGACAUGGGAUUGAGGGGGAGAGAAACCCAGGUUCUUCUCACAUUUCCCUUUUCUUUCCUCACAGUGUUCAUCAUUGUAAGCCAAAAACCCCCUCCCUCUGUUCCCUUCCUCUUGGAGCUUCACUCCAAGGGGAGCUCUUGAAUCCAUACAACCCUUAUUCCCCUGGCCCCACCUGCUACUAUCCUCCUCUCCUGGGUCCCACCCCUAAUCCAUUAAAACACUUUAGGAUAUAGAGGCCACAAAUGCCAGGAGGUUAUACAUAUGCAUCUCCCACCCUUAAUGCAGAUACCCUCCCUUAAUAGCAAUAACCCCCACAAUUAUACUACCUUUAGGUGACUGGACGCCUGAAUUCUGAGGGACUUAGUUAAGAGUGAAUGCUUGGGUAUUUUGUAUUGAAGAUAAAAAUGUUUAUAUAUUGUAUGUUUUAUAAAAUUAAACUCGGACUUUGAGUAUUGGUGCCAUUUUCUGAUUCCCUCUUACAGCCUCAUC